CUCGGCGAUCGAUCGAGUGACUGACGCCACGGACGCUACGCAGCCGCCAACCUAAUUUAAUUACAGAAUUUUAUUCCUAAAAAAACAUGAAGCUGUACGUCUUCUUUUUUCUUGCCGUAUUGUUGAGCGAGGCUCUCGGCAUGAGCCUCAGACACAAGAGGCAGUCGGACGACGAAGAUAACCUGGGCUCUGAUGAGAACAACCUGGACGACACAUACAGCUGGGACUGGAACGACAAUAACGACAGCAACCAGAACAACAGAGGACAGCCGCAGCCUACUCCAGUCACAACCAGGCAGAUCAGGGUGACAACCCAGUCGCUGUCGGUAGACGCGUGUAUUCGAGCGUGUCCCGUGACGCCAGAGUACAACCCAGUGUGCGGCACCAACCUCGUGCAGUAUUCCAACCCUGGACGUCUGGUUUGUGCCAGGAGCUGUGGUGUUAAUGUGACCUUGUUGAGGGCUUCACGAUGCCCCACCGCGACCUCUGCUCCGGCGUGAUGAAUACACUUAUAUAUUAUAUAAUAAUUAUAUUAAUUAACACAUUAUAAUAGUAAUGAAAUUUGACUGAAAU